GAACUUUCUUCACUCCUCACCAUUUUUCUAAACCCCUGUUUAAGUAUACCUUUCUCAUCACAAUUUCCCUUACUAACCCAUUUUUAGACGGUGGCACAAUAACAGGUUCUGAGUAAUUGUUGUGUGAGACUGGUGAAAAUGAACGGAACUGGUGACUUGUUCAAUGCUGCAGUUAACAAUCUGUUGAAUUUUCCUGAAACCAUGGAAAAGCUAAUGUUUCCUUCUAGAGGACAUGACAAUCAAGAGAACAGAGGAGGAGUUUCUAGUAUACCAGUGGAUAUUUUGGACACUCCCAAAGAGUAUGUGUUCUUCAUGGAUGUUCCUGGUCUAUCCAAGUCUGAAAUUCAGGUUACUAUUGAAGAUGAAAAUACUCUUGUGAUAAGGAGCAAUGGGAAGAGGAAACGUCAAGAUAGUGAAGAUGAAGGGUGCAAGUAUCUUAGGCUGGAGAGGAGAGGGCCUCAGAAUUUGCUGAGGAAGUUUCGUUUGCCUGAGAAUGCAAAUGUGUCAGCUAUCACAGCAAAAAGUGAAAAUGGGGUUCUCACUGUGGUUGUAGAGAAGCUGCCUCCACCUCAAAAAUCCAAAACAGUUGAAGUUGCAAUAGCCUGAAGGAUGAUAGUUUGUAUCGGGAGCUAGUUCCCCCUAUUUUUUCUUGUUUUUAGUUUGUUUUAGCUACUUGCUUAGGAGUCUAGGGCUUCUAGGUUUGCCUUUUUGGUUUCUUCAGGUCACAAUGUAAAAGUGUUUAAUCAGUGUUUCUUGUUUUUAUGA